GCGGACCCUAAAUCGUCGAAUCUCGCUGCUAGGCCCAAGCGUGGCGAGGGGGUUUUCCUGCGCGGACGUCUGACGCUGACCUUCGCCUGCAAUCUAUCGCUUCACCUCGCUAGCUCUCGGCUCUCUGUCUCUCUCUCUUGCUCUCGGCUCUCUGCUGUGUCUCUUGCUUUCGUUUCGCCGUUGUAUUCGUCAUGUCUGUGCUGUGUAGAGCCACGGCUCGGGUGCUGCUCGCGGCGCAGAGGCCGCGGCUGCUGCAGAGCGCGGCGCGGGGGCUCAGUGCGGGCGCAAAGUACGAGUACAUUCUGGUGGAGAGGAAAGGAGAGGGCAACAGCGUGGGCUUAAUACAGCUCAACCGGCCUAAGGCCCUCAACGCACUGUGCGAUGGCCUCAUGUUGGAGCUCAAUCAAGCCCUGGACGUGUUCGAAGGGGACUCGGGCGUUGGGGCCAUCGUGAUCACUGGCAAUGAACGUGCCUUCGCCGCGGGGGCCGACAUAAAGGAGAUGCAGAACCGAACAUUCGCCGAGUGCUUCGGUGGGAACUUCCUGUCGCACUGGAAUCGCGUCGCCCAGACCAAAAAGCCGGUCAUCGCAGCCGUGAAUGGAUUCGCGUUGGGAGGAGGCUGCGAGCUGGCCAUGAUGUGUGACAUCAUCUACGCUGGGGAAAAGGCCCAGUUUGGGCAGCCUGAGAUUGCUCUUGGCACCAUACCCGGGGCGGGCGGCACGCAGAGGCUCACCAGAGCGGUCGGCAAAUCGUUGGCCAUGGAGAUGGUGCUCACUGGAGACCGGAUCUCAGCCCAGCAAGCCAAAGAAGCAGGGCUCGUCAGCAAGGUGUGCCCACCCGAUCAGCUGCUGGGGGAGGCCGUGAAGCUGGGAGAGAAGAUCUCGCGCCACUCCAAGCUCGUCAUCUCCAUGGCUAAGGAGGCCGUCAAUGCUGCAUUUGAGCUCUCACUGGCAGAAGGAAACCGUCUUGAGAAGAGAUUCUUCCAUGCCACCUUUGCAACCGAUGACCGCAAAGAAGGAAUGAGUGCAUUCGUGGAGAAGAGAAAAGCUACCUUCACUGACCAAUGAUCUCAAUUGCCAAUAUUGUGUUUUCAAAAGCACUCGGUCAUAAUGUGGCAUUUAUUUUUCAUCACAUGCCAAUCGAAUUGUAUUUAUCGUUUGGAUAUACGUAAACAAAAUAUCAAUGUGCACGUACAAUUUUUAAGCACUUUGUCCAUUGUAAAACUACAGUAAGAGUUUAAAAAGUCUUUGACGUCUAAACACAAACUGUGUGCUGUUCCGACAUUCACAUUUAUACAAGUAUGAUUGUACAUGUACAGCCCUUUCUCAAUCUAUUGCUGGAUGAGAACACCACUAUGCUAUGUGAGUCGUAGGGGAUAUUUCACCAUACAGUACUUCAGCGUGCUUAAUAGUGAGGGUUGUUGAAGGGGGCAGCAUAGAUGGAUCAUAAAGAAUAGUCCAAAAAUGUAUUUUGCUGGACUCCCCUCUGCUGCCUACCAUGUAGCCCCAUACCUUAUAACACUAAUUUGCAUGGUGGUCACCCACCCAUGUAUUAUCGAGGCUCAACUCUGCUUAUAGCUUCCGAGAUGAGAUCAGGAGCAUUGUGGAUGAUUUGGUCAUAGGCCAUGUCAUGAUUACAAGAACAAAUAUCAGGAAUUAAAUGUAAAUCUGUGCCUAUAUUUUGUUGUUCAUCAUUAUAAUAAAGGUAAGAUGAAUACUG